AUGUGGCGAUGGUGCCUGUCGACCGUCAGAGUCGCAGGCAGUCGUGCUAGAUCUUUACCCUCUUCUGCGCCAUUUUUGUCGCGCGCGUAUUCCUCGCUCAAGCUGGACAGGUAUACAGAAGAUAACAAGAGCGAUAAAUCCUCGCGACCACAUGUAACAUCCUUCCAGGCGGAUUUGUCCUCCUUGGAAUAUAACACCGAUGUAGAGUUUGUCUCCGGCAGGUCGCGGUCGGACGAUCGGAAAGGUGGCAGUUCUCGCAUCGUACUUUGCCCCACGUGUGCCGCGCCUCUGGACUUGGCCAGCAUGCCCAUGCUCGGUAAAGGAGUAGGCUCUUCUCACAUAGUCCAUCCUCCAUCUCAAGAGACGAACGUGGUAGACGCUUCUACGCCUUCCAACAUCUUGACCACUAGCACGGAAGUCGUUGGACACCACGACUCACGUACACUUGGUUCUUCGGACGCAGAUUCCUCCUUGUCAGGGAAUGUGGAGGGCAUCUCACCUCCAUCUGAUGGCAAACCCGCUGAUUUGUCUGCUGUCCAACUUCAUCGCCUUCUCUCCCCACCCAAAACGUCGUCGAUUGCGCCCGCCAGGCACUAUCUUAGCUAUAUUCGAAGGCUCUAUUUUUCUGCCAAAGCCCAAGACCAACUGCCCUUGCUCAGCUCGGCCGAUCUGAGCGCUCUUAUCGGCCUGUUCGGGUCACUUUCUCUUUCCACCCCGGAAAAGUUUUAUCGCUCCGUCUAUGCGCACCCCUUGGCGGGGCAUGUUAUAGGCAGUGGACGUCCCCAUUGGGGAUUGGUGAAACAGGUAGCAGGUCUCAAACGCGCCUCGGGACAGCCAUUGAACCCUUCCGAUCGUUUUUGGGUAAUGCGGGCUUAUCUUGCGGAGCUGCCGUCGUCGGAUGGUGAGGACGCCAUGAGCUCGUGUUCGCUUUCUGUCGAGCGUGCUCUGUGCUUGGCCGGGCAACAUUACCGCAAGAUAUACCUCGUUCAGCCGCAUUUUGACGUGCAUGUCCCCUAUCUGCAUGCGUUAUUAUCGUUCCCGACCUCAGAGCGCAUACUCGAACUUGUGUCCUGCCUUUGUGAUCUGCUCACUCAGCAUAAGCGCUUUCACCCUCGGUUGCUCGCCCUGCUCUGGCAGGUAGUGUUGCGAUCGGAUCAUGAAUUGCCAUCCACUUUGAAGGAGAGAACAUUACUUGUAUUGUGGCACCGGCUCCAAGGGGAACCUCUCGGCUGCGGCGUGAAUCGAGCCUCCCGAUCUGAUUCACGUGUCGACCAUGCUCGCGACGUUCACAUCCACGAGUUGACAACUGCUCUGAAUACCGCGAUUUUCUCUGACAAGAAAGCCUACCACUUUACGGAUUCUCUACACCGUGAACUCUCGGAUUGGGCCGUUUCUGUGGCACAGACAGUCCUCUCCCCUGACCUUCGCAACGGGUUUUCCACAGAUGUUCGUUGGAGCUGUUUAUUCCUUCUGGCUCUUGCCCAAAGUGCUCCAGGUAGUAUGAGAGGCCAGAGCACCCCAAACCUGUCAAAGCUGUCUCAGAACGCCGAUGUCGCCGACUGGCAGGUGGUUUGUGCCCUUGCUUCCUUAGAACGCUUUUUUCGCACUGCAGAACGAUUUGCUUCCCCACCCUUCCACGGUGAAGUGACCCAGGGAGUCAGCCGCGUCCUCGAGACCUUAUGGAGAGACUGGUCCACAGUCCGCUCGGAUAGUUCACACCCGCCCGUCGUAGCUCGGGCGAUAUGUGCAUCCUUCUUGAGCCUCGCUGGUCGCCUGGAGAACCGGACACUACGCUCUGCUUGCCAAGAAUAUUCCGUGCGCUCGGGUCUAUGGCGAGUGAAGGAUUCCGAGCCUACCACUUGGCUGGGAAUACGAGCUCUGGCGCAGGAACAUUUGACGUGUUCUCUGGCCUGCGGUGUCUGGAUGAAUCCUGCGCUCAAUUUGGUUUUGGAGUAUGUCGGUGAUCCACAGUUAGUCUCAACGAUUGUCAGCGCGUGCGUAUCGCGCUAUUCCCACAUCGACGUAGAGAAGGCGCAGGAGCUGCAGACCGUGGCACAAAGUGCAGGAAUAGAUGUUACAGCGGAGACUCUCACCGUUCUGGCUGUCAACAUGGCAAAGCAAGGGUUUGGGGUUCUCGCGCUUGAUAUUUUUGCAGACAUUCGCCUGUCGUCUCAGCAGCAACUGCGGGUUCUUCGUCCGAUGUUGUCCAUCCUGGUCCGCCAUGGCAUCCAAUCCUUACCCCGCCAGUUCAUCAGUGGUGUGGGCGGCGCCAUGUCGGCAUUGUUCUCGCAUUCUGUCCCGCCGAAAGGUUUACGUCAACGCGUUGAGAGCGCAUUGCUUGUGCUGCUGAACUCUGGUAACUUGUCUCAAGCCGUCACCAUCCUUAGGGGAAUUAUUCGUUCCGAUCGUUCGUUCUUCACGAUUGCCUUUCUUUCGACUUUCCUCCGGACGCUUCUCCAUCGCCGGCAAUUUCACCUUGCAAAGCGAGUCUUCGAUCUUAGCAUAACUUUAUACCCAGAUCACAGGUUGGCGUCGCUGAGAAUGCUUGUGGUGCGUUAUGCCCAGGGAGGGGCGACGACUAUAGCCUCGCAUAUGGCGAUGCGCCAUUCUGGGCGUUCCCUCGGAGUUUCGUUGGCACGAGCGGUUGGCUUCCAGAGACUUCCUUCUUCGAAGGGAUCAACGCUGAAAAUCCCCAGUCUCAUUACUCGGGCGAGCGGACACAAAAGCCCCAGAGCACAGUAUGCGCUGCAUCUCCUCUCCCUCCCAGGUCGCCUCCGCAAGGCCAAGCAGAUGUACGGCGAGAUGCGAGAGCAUCAGCCUUCGCGCGCACAGACGGUGAUGGGCAACAUGAUCGUGCACGCGAGUCUUUUGCACCGCAAGCGACGCAACGCGCGGCGGAUGCGUAAGGUACUGGACACCAUGGCGGAGCUCACUGCCAAGGUAGACUUCGUGCCCGAUCGCGUGACGGUCAAUAUCCUGUUGAAGGCGCUCAUGCACUGGGGGAAUGAGGUGGACAGUGGGAAGCUCCGUGCCCUGUUUGACCGGUUGGUUCUCAACGGGUAUCCUUGUGGUCGUGGUUUCGACGUUCAUGGAGUCUUACCGUUCGGGACAGGUGCUGGGCCGGCACCUGAAGGUUUCGAAAUGUCCAAACUCAAUACGGGGGAGCUUUCCUUCAGGAGGCAUGUGCGGCCUUUGUAUAGGAUGUUCAUCAAGUCGUUCUACCUCCGGGAUGAUGUGGCGGCGGCACGUACUGUCGUGGGUAUCCUGAAGACGGUCCAGGCUGAGGCGAUGGAGGCAAAAAAGACGCGGGAAAGGGCGAGAAUAACUGGGAGGCGGAUGGCGAUGCGACUUCGUGGGUCCGUUGGUGAGCCGGGUUAG